AUGGCCGCCAACGGGAAUGGUUCGUAUCGCUACGAGAACAACAUCCACAACGACGCCGCUCUUCCCGAUUAUCCCAACGGCAAGCACGAGAGAUUCGAUGACGCCGCAGAUGCCGAGCGCAGGCACUCCAUCUACGAGAAGCAGGAUCGGUACCAGCGCCUGGGAUGGAAGAAGCUCACCAUCUGCCUCAUCGUCGAGGCCAUCGCCCUCGGCUCGCUGAGUGUGCCGUCUGCUUUUGCUUCCUUGGGCAUGGUCGCAGGUGUCAUCGUCUCUGUCGGCCUGGGCCUCAUCGCCAUCUACACCAGCUACGUCGUCGGCCAGGUGAAAUUGAAGUACCCCUACGUCGACCACUACGCCGACGCCGUCGGGCUCAUCUGGGGCCGCUUCGGGUAUGAACUCACCGGCGUCCUCUUUGUGCUCUUGCUGGUCAUCCUUGUCGGGUCUCACGUUCUCACCGGCACCAUCGCAUGGAUCAAGAUCGUCAAUAAACUGGACAUUUGCGCCCUAGGCUGGGGCGCGCUGUCCGCCGUUCUGCUCUUCGCCCUGGCACUUCCCCCGACCUUUUCCGAAUUCGCCAUCUUGGGGUACAUCGACUUUGUCUCCAUCUUGGUCGCCAUCGGCAUCACCAUCAUCGCCACCGGCGUCGAAGCAUCGAAGCAGCAGGGAGGCCUCGCCGCCGUGCCCUGGACCAUGUGGCCGCCGCCCGACAUCACCUUCUACAAGGUCUUCCUCUCCACCACCAACAUCAUCUUCGCCUACUCCUUCGCCGUCUGCCAGUUCAGCUUCAUGGCCGAGAUGCACACGCCCACCGACUACGUCAAGUCCAUCUGGGCGCUCGGCCUCGCGGAAAUCUUCAUCUACACCAUCACCGGCGCCCUGAUCUACGCCUUUGUUGGGCCCAACGUCAGCAGUCCCGCCAUCCUCUCCGCGCCCGAGACCGUCUCGCGAAUCGCUUUCGGCAUCGCGCUCCCCGUCAUCUUCAUCAGCGGCAGCAUCAAUGGUACAGUGUGCGGCCGCUACAUCAUGGGCCGCGCAUUCUCCAACUCCCACAUUCGCUACAUCAACAAUAUGAAGGGCUGGAUGGUGUGGAUCGGGCUGAUUGCCGUCAUCACCCUCAUUGCAUGGGUUAUCGCCGAGGCGGUCCCCUUCUUCAAUGAUUUGCUGGGUCUUAUCUCCGCUCUGUUCAUCUCCGGCUUCACCUUCUACUUCCCCGCGCUGUUCUGGUUCUGCUUGAUCAAAGAGGGCAAGUGGUACAGGGGAUGGAAGAAUAUCACAUUGUCGAUUCUCAAUACUGUGGUGCUCAUGAUUGGCAUUAUCGUUCUGGGCUGCGGUACAUAUGCGGCCGUUGCUGACAUUCUCCACGAGUACAGCACGGGUGCUGUGCGCGGCCCGUUUUCGUGCGAUUCGAAGGCGUACAUUAGUUCGAGCUGA